AUGAAGUUCUCCACCCUCAUUGCUGCUGCCUUUGGCGCCGUCGCCACCGCCGCUCCCGCCGCCGAGCCCGCCUCCGCCCUGGAGCCGCGCCGGAGCUUCGACUUUGGCGGGCAGUUCAACAACCUCAUCUUCCGCCAGUCCGACUUCAACUACCUGCUCAACAUCAACUCGCUGGACCUGGGCCUCUUCCAGCAGCUGGGAAUCAACAACAACCUCAACCUGCUGCUCUUCCAGGACAUCUUCAACGUCAACAGCUUCAACCUCAACUCGCUGCUCCAGUUCCAGCAGCUGCAGACGCUCCUGGCCAUCGCGGGCACCGGCGCGCUCAGCGGCUUCGACCUCGGCGGGCUCGCCCUGGGCGGGCUCAACCUGGGCCUGGUCAACGGCAUCGGCGGCGUCGACCUGCGCCAGUUUGUCAGCUCGACCUCGAUCCCCCAGAUCGAGAGCAUUGCCAGCCAGGUUUCUACCACCAUUAUUUAA